AUGCCCGCCUUCCAGCCGCCGGAGGUGACUUGCGAGAAGGACAAGGCUUGGAUCAAAAGAGCUAAAUUCCCAUUCCGCAACCCGACACCGCUCUGGAAUAAAUACUGGCAUCGAUAUAAUACCAUCACCAUCCCGCUACGAGACGAAGAUGCCUAUUUUGCCGACGUCAGUGCCGCCGCGAAGCUCGCCCAGAGUCGUGAGCACCUUGAAGAACUCCUGGACGUUCAAUGUGAAGAACGCCGGCGGGAGUACGAUACGUUAAUCCUCGAUAUUGCAGUCGCAUGCAUCCAGAAUACAUCACUCUCAAAGACUCCUCACCAUGCGGCCCUCAAAGCUAGCCAAACGGGUAGCCUUGACAGUCUUCUGCAACUCCUAUGUGGUGUGGUGUUCGGCUGGAAGGAUGGCGACAAAGAGAACAGGGUGCCACGGAUCGACGACGCAGAUGAGACUGAAUACUGCAUCGAUGGAAAGGGCGAUCUCCGGAGCAAAUACAACACCCCAGAGAUUUCGUCAGAGCUUGCGGAUGACCCAUUUGAGUACGACAACACGAUAGCUUCCGGCCUUUACUCACCUCGGGGAUGGGAAGACUGGAAUGAGGAUGAAGAGAACUUGUGGAAUGAUCCCUCUUGGAAGGUGUCCGACUGUCCUACAUCGGAGACGAAUCUAUCGCCACCAGGUGUAGAUGAAGUCGUGGUAGCCGAAAGAGGUGACAGCGAUCAGGCGUUUUGUGAGCACCCACCAGAGCAAUUGGACGGCAUUCUCAAGGUCACACCACCAACAGACCAAAUCUCGCCGCUCCCGUCGCCAUAUCUGUCGUUGAUAGACACGUCUGUCGGCUUGUCACCACAUUCACGACAAACAUCAAGCCCUGAUCCGCCAUCCACUUGUGACCAGAAACUGUCCGCAUCUACAAGUGCCCGCAUGGUUGACGAGUGGCAAUCGCCUCCAAAGCCGAGAUUCCCUACUAAUAGAGCAGAUUCCGUGUCCAAGAACGAAGGUAAAAAAAGGAAGCUGCAGGAUGAUGAUCACCACAACGAUAAUGGACAGAAGCGCCAGAAGCAAAAGGGAUAG